GUGUGACGUUGCAGCAGACAGAUGCGCUGUUUCCUCCAGUGCAGCAGGUGACGCUGUUCAACACCAGAGUCUCGUCGGUCACGUCACUCCGACCAUCGAAGAAACGCGAGAAGACAUCAUGGCGGGAUUCAUGAAAUCCGAAAGUGGCUUUGGAAUCGAAACUGUCAGAUUGAAAGUUAUCCUGACUGCUGUGUUGUUUUUAUUUCAUUCGUCUCAAACGUCAGGUGCCACCCGUCCCAUUAUAGAAGUAAAAGAUGGACAAGAAAUCAUUGUACAAGCUGCACAACAUUUCUGCUACAAUAACUCCAUCAAACCUGGAUGGAGAGAAACAUGGACUAGAAUACAGGUGAGAGUGUGGAGCACUACAAAACUGAAGGUGACGGUGGUUAAUGAUGAGCAGGACCUGCAGGAGCUUGAGCAUUUCAGCAUCUGGAAACUUGUGCAGUACUUUGUACAUGAACAGACCAAUGAGGCCACCGUGAGCAUCAGUCUCUUUAGCAACAAGACCUGUUUCAGAGUGGACCCUUCAGAUUCCCAUACACUCUAUACAGUACAACCUAGUCGACAUUAUGACAUCUACUUAUUUUUGGUUUUUCUGGCUGGACUGUUGCUGUUCUUUUUUGCAGAGACUCUGAGCAGAAGUCAAGUGUUCUACUACUCUGCUGGCAUGAGCACUGGAAUGAUCGCCUCCCUUAUCAUCUUAAUCUUCGUCAUUGGCCGUUUUCUUCCCAAGAAAAGCCCAUUCUAUGUGCUGCUGGUGGGUGGAUGGUCUUUUUCUCUCUACGUCAUCCAGCUGGUGUUUAGGAAUCUCCAAAUCAUUCUUAAAGAUCACUGGCUUCUGGCUAUCGGCUAUAUCAUUGUGGUUGGGUUCAUCAGUUUUGCGGUGUGUUACCGCUAUGGCCCCCUGGUGGAUAAGCGAAGUGUCAACAUCCUGUCCUGGACGCUGCAGAUCUUCGGCCUUCUGCUGGUGUACGCUGGAGUUCAGGUCCAGCAAGUGGCUCUGGCCAUCAUGAUAGCUGCAUUCUGCUCCAAGAACAUGGAGUACCCUUUUACCAAGGUCUUCCUGCUUUAUCAGAAGCUGAAGCCAAAGAAACUGGAGCCCCGCCUUCUGCUGACAGAAGAGCAGUAUCAGAGACAGUCAGAGGUGGAGACUCAGAAAGCUCUAGACGAGCUUAGGAAAUACUGCAGCAGUCCAGAGUUCAACACCUGGAAGACUGUCUCCAGGCUCCAGUCUCCUCAGAGGUUUGCAGACUUCAUUGAGGGUUCUCCACAUCUGCUGUCCAAUGAGGUGUCGGUUCAUACACAGGAGUACGGACUGGGUGGAUCGUUCUUUGAGGAUGAGCUGUUCUCCACUGAUGAGGAAAAUCAGGAGGAUGAGGAGAAGGAGGGCUGGGAGACGGAUGACGAUGUUAAGCCAGAUGUGGCAUCUCCACGACUCAACAACACACGGGUGAAAUGACUGAUGAAGCGUAUAAAAGUAUAUCAUUUAAGCAGAUCUGUGAUCUGUUCAAGUAUAGCAUUCACUGUUCUUCUGUAUGAAUCUUAAGAGGAUUUUAUUCAUGACUUUAGUCUCUGAUGCAUUCAUAAUGGACUAUUAACAGUGAAAAUGCCCCGUUGUUUUCAUGGCUCAUGAGAAAGGCCAAAAGUUGUCUGAUUUAUUUUUCUUAUCGGUUUUUAUUUGUCUUAAAUCUUUGAGUUUGUAAUUAUGCAGAGACUUCCUGUGUGAGGAGGUAUCUGUGAAUACUGUGCUAUUACAUGGACUAUAUUUUAUGUGUUUUGUUUUUAAGUUUCAAAUACGAAAAUAUUGGAUCGGAAGAGGCACACUAUACAGUUUUUUUUUUUUUUGUUUGUGGCAAUUGACUGGAGCUGUAAGUCUGUUUAGGGUCCAAGGACUUUUAUUUUUAUUUUUUAUGAAUGAGUAAUAAAAGCAGAGAAAUACAUACAGUUUGCCUUACAUUGGCUUAGCAAAUCUCAUGAAAUUCAGAAAUUGUUACGCACGUCUUUGUAGUGACCACUUGAUGGCAGCAUAAAAUCUAACAUUUUAUAGGGCACUUUUGAAACUAACAUGUUUUGUUCACACAUGUAUGUGCUUUGCAAGAAAAACUACAAGAGUGGAGCGGAAUGAGACUUUUUAGAUAACAUUUUUAAAAAAAGUUUUUAGUAAUACUGCCACCCUAGUUGUAACAUACCAUAGCACUAAUAUAACUAAACUAAUGUCAUUCUUACACAGUGGAAUUCUCCUAAAGAUUUACAUAUUUUCUGUGCUUAAAAUCCCCUUAUCAGCACCUUUAAAUAAUUUUAUACAUUUAAACUUAUUUUAAAGUAAAAACUUUUUGCAAUAUUUAUGUAUCUUCAGUAUUUUUAUAUUCAAUCAUAUGAACAUCACUAUAGUGCGAAGAAGCCCACUAUACAAGGAAAUGGUGGUGGGGAAAAAUGAAAUCGGAGGAAAAACAAUAUUUUAAUGUUUUUGCGUUCGCUCGCAAGACUUUUCGUCGAGAAACUUCACGUUAGUUAACUGAACUAGAAAAUAAUUUCAGUGUUUUCUGCGAGCGAACAAAGGUUUAAAGGGGAACGCAAAAAUUGUGUGUUCUCUCAUGAAAAAGUGGGAUAUCCGAGAAGCUUUCGCUUGCUCGUAUAAAUAUGAAAAUAUUUGGUCUCCCAUUCAAUGCUUUUGAGAAUGCUUGCGAAAACUUUUGUUGCCACGAGAAAGUGUGCAUUUGCUCUCACAACGUUUGUGAAAA